GACAUGUAAUCUUUUGAAUUGAUAAAUGGAACUUUCAAUAAGUAAAUCCUCUUUGUGAUAUUGAUCAAUCUUAUAGGAUCAUGUUGUUAUUUACCAAAAGAAAAAUAUUUAAAUACUCUCGCCCAGUGUGCACCAAAAUGUCUAUAUCACUAAGAUAAGUCGUCAUUUAAAAAUGGCAUUAUCACUUACUGCAGCUAAUGUUGAGGAUCGAUAAUUGAUUUCAUAAAGACACUUUUGAGCUCAUAUUGCUUGGUCAAGAUCUUGCCAACAUUUUUGAUUUUCUACUUGUGAUAAAUUGAGAAUGACAGUUCUUGAAAUGAUAAGAAAUGUCUGUUUAGUAUUCCUCUACGUUUGCUGUUUUUUGAAUUGUGGUUUGGCAUUCGAUGAAGUUGACUUGAACAAAGUUUCGAUAAAUCUAAAACAAUAUGACAUUCAAAGUGGUACAACCAACUGCACCAAUGGACUUUUGGCUCACGUUGAUCGUUUUAUAGCCGUUGGAUUGAUAGAUAUUGAACCACCAUUGCAAAUAAGUGACAUGGUCAUUACAUUUCAAAUUAAGACAAACACAUCGUCCGUUCCUGAAAAAUACAAAGUAGUGCAAGGGAAAUGGUGCAUGGAGAAUUCCGAAGAUGAAGAAGUUGUGUGUACUAAGACAGACGAAGCGAACAGUUUUAAAGUGAUUCUUAACAUUACUGCAGUCCAGUUGCUGAAUGGGAUGGAACUCUUUUUGACUGUGUAUCUUGAUGACUGGUUCAAGACAAACGGACCUAUAUCUGUUCCACCAAUUUACGAUUUAUCUGAUGUUAAUAUAUUAUUGAAUGGCAACAAAGUGAAUUCCUCAACACCUAGAAUGGAAGCUUCAAUGUUCACAUUGUGUUGUGUGAAUGCUCCAUCGCCUUGUUUUGUGAUGGUGUCUAAUCAGCUCGGUGAACAAGUCAACAACGAGAACUGCGUGAAUGUCACUCAUGAGAAAGACAUGAAUUACACAAUACAUCUCCAUGUCUGUCAUAAUGUGAAGCGGUUUGUCUUGAAUGUAACGUCUGGGCAAGCAUCUAAAAGUUUCAGCGGCAACAGUUACUGGAAUUCAAAAACACUUGCUGGUUGCGUGUUACUGACUCUCACUGUUAAAAUAGUAUCUCUGAUCUACCUGAAGACGUGUUCCACUGAAGUUUCAGAGAAAUCAAAUUUCACACAGAACUUGCUUGACAAUGGACAAGAAAUAUUCGAUUCAAAUCCAGUAACUAAAAUUGAUUUAAUUGUUAAAGAGUCUGCUAUCACUCCUCGGUCAAGCUAUACUUUUUCAGACAAUUAAUGAAUUAUUUUACUGGUAAUUUCUUUCUAAAUUAUAUUAGGCCUUGAAAGAAGAGAAUAUUUUUUAUAGACAUUCAACAUUUAUGUCUUUUUUUAUAAUUAUUUCCAUUAUGACGACUUGGAAAGGUUUAAGGUUUCAUAGUGAUGGCUUACGUAAACUGCAGCACUUGUCAGGAACAGAUCCAUUUUAACCUUAUACGUUAUAAGAUUGUUAGGACCGCCUCACGUUUUUUUUUUCGUUUUUCAUAAGUAUUAUUUGAGAUUUGUUGAAACAUUUCGAUGGUAAAUUACGUUAUAUUGCAAUGAUUGGAAAGGAACCUGCCUAACCCUUGUAACUGUGUAUAAAUCUGUAUUAAUGUUUCCACAUAUUAUGGAAGAAUGUAUUUUUUCUUUUGCUUAUUUUUGUUAGCUUCCAAUACGGGUAUACUUCUUAUUGCAGCUUUACACACAAAUACUUGUUCAUAAGUGUAUAAUUCAAAUUUCUUGGUAUAAAAUCGUUAAAAGAACGAAAGGAUGAUGACCGUAUACCUGCUCUCUCUUUCAACGUGUGUGUGUGUAUAUUCAACAACGGUUAAGCUUGGUUAUUUUUCUUUGGGUAUUUGUUGUUUUUUAUUUGACCAGUACUCCCCCCCCCAAACCUUGUUUUUUUUUCAUUUGUUUUGCACUUCCAAUACAAGCCCUAUCACUAAUCUGGUCAAGCCCCUGCGCAGGCAUAACCAUUGUCCGAUUUAGACAAAAAUGACAUAGAAAAGGACAAUUUUAUUCUGAAGUUUAGUUUAUUAUAAAAUGUUUUGCAUAAUAAAUGAAUUAUCUUUGUUGUAGUCGCUAUUAGUUUAGUUAGCUUUCUUACUUUUGUGUGUGUGUGCCUACUGACUACAAUAGUAUAAUUUUGUAUCAAUCUUGUCCAACUAACCUUUUACAAGAUUAAUGUUUGCAUAAAGAUCUAUUUAUUAGAAACUCUCUUAUACCAUAUUUUUGUUCUGUUUAUUGUAUGUACUGUUAUCAAUAAAUCUGGAUUUCUUCGGAUUUCACUUUUAAAUUAU